CACAAUGGCCCGACCGCCGCCACUACCGGGGCCUGAGCGGGCCUGGCGGAGCCCGAGCGCGGCCCGGCCCGCAGCGCGGGGCCCCGAGCGCGGUGAAGAGAUUGUUUUCUGAAGGCUGCGUUGGAGGCCGUGACAGAGCAGAGAACCCAUGUGGAGCUGACGGGGAGGCUUCCUGAGUGACAUGGCCCUGCGCCGUUAGCCUUGCCAUGACCACAUUUUUCACCAGCGUCCCUCCCUGGAUUCAAGAUGCAAAGCAGGAGGAAGAAGUGGGCUGGAAAUUAGUUCCCAGGCCGCGGGGCCGGGAGGUGGAGAGUCAAGUGAAGUGCCAAUGUGAAAUCUCGGGGACAUCUUUUUCGAACGGGGAGAAGCUGAGACCUCACAGCCUCCCCCACCCAGAGCAGAGACCAUAUAGCUGCCCCCAGCUGCACUGUGGCAAGGCUUUUGCCUCCAAGUACAAGCUGUAUAGGCACAUGGCCACCCACUCAGCUCAGAAACCCCACCAGUGCAUGUACUGUGAUAAAAUGUUCCACCGCAAGGACCAUCUGCGGAACCAUUUGCAGACCCACGACCCCAACAAAGAGGCCCUGCACUGCUCCGAGUGUGGGAAGAAUUACAACACGAAGCUCGGCUACCGGCGCCACCUGGCCAUGCACGCGGCCAGCAGCGGCGACCUCAGCUGCAAGGUGUGCCUGCAGGCCUUUGAGAGCACCCAGGCCCUGCUCGAGCACCUGAAGGCCCACUCGCGCCGGGUCGCGGGCGGGGUGAAGGAGAAGAAGCACCCCUGUGACCACUGUGACCGGCGCUUCUACACACGGAAGGAUGUGCGGCGGCACCUGGUGGUGCACACGGGCCGGAAGGACUUCCUGUGCCAGUACUGUGCCCAGCGGUUCGGCCGCAAGGACCACCUGACCCGCCACGUGAAGAAGAGCCACUCGCAGGAGCUGCUCAAGAUCAAGACGGAACCCGUGGACAUGCUUGGCCUCCUCAGCUGCGGCUCUGCCGUCAGCGUGAAGGAAGAGCUGAGCCCCGUGCUGUGCAUGGCCUCGCGGGACGUGAUGGGCGCCAAGGCCUUCCCCGGCAUGCUGCCCAUGGGCAUGUACGGCGCCCACAUCCCUCCCAUGCCCAGUGCGGGCGUGCCACACUCCCUGGUGCACAACACGCUGCCCAUGGGCAUGAGCUACCCGCUGGAAUCCUCGCCCAUCUCUUCCCCCGCUCAGCUUCCUCCAAAAUACCAGCUCGGAUCUACCUCAUACUUGCCCGACAAAUUGCCCAAAGUGGAGGUGGAUAGUUUCCUGGCGGAGCUUCCCGGAAGCCUGUCUCUCCCGUCCGCCGAGCCCCAGCCCGCCUCCCCUCAGCCGGCGGCGGCAGCGGCAGCCCUCCUCGAUGAAGCACUGCUCGCCAAGAGCCCCGCCAACCUGCCUGAGGCCCUCUGCGCUGCUAACGUGGACUUCUCCCACCUGCUGGGCUUUCUCCCCCUCAACCUGCCCCCGUGCAACCCCCCCGGGGCCACCGGAGGCCUGGUGAUGGGCUAUUCCCAGGCGGAGGCGCAGCCCCUGCUCACCACUCUGCAAGGCCAGCCUCAGGAUCCCCCGGGAGCCGGAGCCCCGCUGAGCUUCGGGCCUCUGCACUCCCUGCCGCCUGUCUUCACGUCUGGCCUGAGCACCACCACGCUGCCUCGUUUCCACCAGGCAUUCCAGUAGCGCCCCCGGAGGCUCUCUUGUCAGGGAGCUUCGGCACCCACCCCAUCUGCAUCUCCCACGAAGGCAGCUGAGCAUUCAGAGCUGGGUUCCAAGAGAAAGAUUCCAGUAUCUGUUCGGAGCACUUGGUUUGCGGUUCAGGCUCUCGGAUCAAUUUCAGGAGGAGCUCUGAGCCCCGGCCCCAUGAAAAGAUCUCGUACCAUAGGACUUCAGGUAUUUUUACUUUCCUUUUUGUCUUGUCUGAAAUGGGAGUCGCACCUGACCCCCUCCCUCUCUAAAGCGUCAGAACCCCCUUCUCUCCGGAGGAGGGAGAGGCCUCUUGGAGACAUAGAGGGA